AAUUUAUUCAUUUUUUUGUUCUGCUUGAAAAUAAUACCGUGCCUCUGCUUGGUCCCGAUCAAUAGCACUCACGUGAUGGUUCCUGAUUGCCCAAACUUUUUUUUUUCGGGGCAAAAAGGAAACCCGGAGAUUCCUGUGCCUGGAGGGUGAAGAACUCAUCAGCAUUUGCUCAAUUCCAGUGCAGUUCGGACAACGGCUAUGAGGUGUCCUUCUCUUGCGCGGUUACCACACCGUGCUGUGUCCGGAUUGACCAGAUCCCCUGUUCGAAUCCAGUCUCAGAGUCUCUUGUCGAAACGAUGCGCGUCAACUGUCGCUCUCCGCGCACCCGUUGCCAGUCCAGUGCACCGGUCGAUUCUGAAUAGACACUAUCAGCAAAGAAGGAAUGCAUCAGCCACGGCUUCCGCUGUCUUGGAAGCUGCCGCAUCCACUCCCGAGAGUUUGUCCCAGGAGGCAAUCAUUGAAAACCUUGACCCUGUAGAAGCGGAAAGGUUAUCCAGAGCCAGGAACAUUGGUAUUGCUGCGCAUAUCGACAGCGGUAAGACUACAUGUACCGAAAGAGUCCUCUUCUACACGGGUCGUAUCAAGGCGAUCCACGAAGUUCGCGGCCGGGACAAUGUCGGAGCAAAGAUGGAUUCCAUGGACCUGGAACGUGAAAAGGGAAUCACCAUUCAAUCUGCGGCUACGUUUUGUGACUGGGUGAAGAAGGAUGAUGAUGGCAAGGAACAGAAGUACCAUAUUAACUUGAUCGACACCCCCGGACACAUCGACUUCACCAUUGAAGUCGAGCGAGCGCUGCGCGUUCUAGAUGGAGCGGUCAUGAUUCUCUGUGCCGUCUCGGGUGUCCAGUCACAAACUAUUACUGUGGAUCGACAAAUGAGACGAUACAAUGUCCCCAGAAUUUCCUUUGUGAACAAGAUGGAUCGUAUGGGCGCCAAUCCUUUCAAGGCUAUCGACCAAAUUAACUCGAAACUCAAGAUACCUGCUGCAGCUGUUCAGGUGCCGAUUGGCGCUGAAGAUGAGUUCGAGGGUGUAGUCGAUUUAAUUCGCAUGAAAUCUUUGUACAAUGUCGGCGAGAGCGGCGAAGAUAUCCUUAUCAAAGAUGAGAUCCCAGAGAGAGUGAAGGCAAUGGUGGAGGAGAGGAGAAGAAUGCUGAUUGAAACACUCGCCGAUGUUGACGACGAAAUGGCGGAGAUGUUCCUCAGCGAGAUCGAGCCCACUGAGCACCAACUGAAGCAGGCUAUUCGACGGGCGACCAUUGGAUUGAAGUUCACCCCUGUUUUCAUGGGCUCUGCGCUGGCUAACAAGUCGGUGCAACCUAUGUUGGAUGGUGUCAUUGAUUAUCUCCCCAACCCGGCUGAGGUGGAAAACCUUGCCCUCGACAAGAAGCGCAAUGAGGCCUCAGUCAAGCUUGUUCCUUACAACUCCCUCCCAUUGGUCUGCCUUGCCUUCAAGCUGGAAGAGAGCAACUUCGGACAGUUGACAUACAUCCGUGUGUAUCAAGGAACUCUACGCAAGAGUGCUAAUGUGUUCAAUGCGCGCACUGACAAGAAGGUCAAGAUCCCUCGCAUUGUCCGUAUGCACUCGAAUGAGAUGGAGGAUGUUACUGAGAUUGGUUCGGGUGAGAUCUGUGCUGUGUUCGGAGUUGAUUGCGCCUCCGGUGAUACCUUCACUGAUGGACAGCUGGGCUACACCAUGUCGUCCAUGUUUGUUCCGGAGCCGGUCAUUUCGCUUUCUAUUAAGCCUAAGAACAACAAGGAUGCGGCCAACUUUUCUAAGGCUAUGGCACGCUUCCAAAGAGAAGAUCCCACUUUCCGCGUGACCUAUGACACCGAAAGUGAGCAAACGCUGAUUUCUGGAAUGGGUGAAUUGCACCUCGAUAUUUAUAUUGAACGUAUGCGUCGUGAGUACCGCGUCGACUGCGAGACUGGCCCGCCUCAGGUUGCCUACAGAGAAACCAUUGGCCACCGUGUUGAGUUCGACCAUCUGCUCAAGAAACAAUCGGGAGGUCCUGGUGACUAUGCCCGUGUUGUUGGCUGGAUGGAGCCCACUGAUAAACUUGAGGAAAAUAACUUCGAAGAACAGAUUGUUGGUGGAAGUAUUUCCGAGAAAUUCCUCUUUGCUUGCGAGAAAGGGUUCAACCUUGCAUGCGACAAGGGUCCCCUGAUUGGCCAUAAGGUACUUGGGACGAGGAUGGUUAUCAACGACGGUGCUACCCACAUGACGGAUUCGUCUGAAAUGUCGUUCAAGAACGCUACUCAGCAGGCCUUCCGUAAGGCUUUCAUGGAGAGCAAUCCUUCCGUGCUUGAGCCUAUGAUGAAGACUGUCGUCACUGCGCCUUCUGAGUUCCAGGGUGAUGUUAUUGCUCUGUUGAACAAGCGCAAUGCUACGAUCAAUGACUCAGAAGUUGGCGUUGAUGAAUUCACUGUCUAUGCUGACUGCAGUCUGAAUGGCAUGUUUGGCUUCAGUACCCAUCUGCGUGCGGCUACACAGGGUAAGGGCGAGUAUACCAUGGAGUUCAGCCAUUAUGAAAAGGCGCCACCUCAACAACAGAAGGAACUUGUCCAGAAAUACCUGAAGGCUCAGGCUGACAGACACAAGAAAUAAUAAGCUAGAAGAGAUUCGUUCUCGCCCGUCUUCUUCGUCCCGAGAAUAAGUGGCGAAACUCCCUUUUUUUUUUUUUUUUUUUUGUCCCUUCUCUACUUCUUCCAAAUACUUUGGGACAGUGUAUUAUUUACUUGCAAUAUAGACCAACCCUGUGGGAUUGUUUUCUUAUUCAACUUUUUUGGUCUUUAUUUUUCGAGCUUCAAAAUCGGCGCCAAUUGUCUUGUGGCGGAUCCGACAAUAUUAUCAUCAUCCACGGAGUAGGUAAAAACAGGGAUAUCCAGUUUGCACAUUGUACAUAUUACUCUCAUGAUCGCUAUAUCUCCUCUCAUAAACUGACUGUGGCUUAUAAAUAAUCAAGAAACCGGGCCGGCCCCGAUAGAAAUGU